AUGGAUAGUAAAGGCUGCUGGUUGCCAGAUGAAAUCAAUGGCUACGUACUGGGACGGGUGUUGAAAGUUAAUAAUGACGUUGCCACUUGUCAGUCUGCUUCUGGUAAAGGUGAUGUGAGUCAGCUGUUUGAUUUGCCUGCCAAGGAUCUUCUUCUAGUAGAACCGCAUGAGCAUCAACCUGAUGACAACUGUGCACUUAUAAAUUUAAACGAGGCAACGCUUCUAGAAAAUGUCAAACAACGUUACUUAAAGGAUAAGAUAUAUACAUAUGUCGCCAACAUUCUUAUAGCUGUGAAUCCCUACUACGAAAUUAAGGGACUGUACUCACGGGAGAUGAUCGAUAAAUAUAAGGGGAUGUCAUUGGGAACGCUGCCGCCGCAUCCAUUUGCCAUUGCUGACAAGGCUUUUCGCGAUAUGAAAAUGCAGAAGGAAUCUCAAGCAAUCAUCGUGAGUGGUGAAUCGGGUGCAGGUAAAACGGAGACAACGAAGCACGUCCUUCGGUACCUAACUGAAGGCUAUGGUGCUGACGCUGGUGUCAUCGAACAGAGAAUCAUUGAUUCGAACCCCUUAUUGGAAGCCUUUGGGAAUGCUAAGACAAGGAGAAAUAACAACUCCUCCCGAUUUGGCAAGUUCAUUGAACUGGCAUUUGACAAGAACACUGCCGUUUGUGGUGGGUCGUUGGAGCACUACAUUCUCGAGAAGGGACGUCUUGUUCGCCAGUCGCCGGAGGAGAGGAAUUUUCACUUCUUUUAUCAACUUUUUGCCGGUGCUUCAAACCCUUUGAGACGAAAACUUGGACUUACUACCCCAGAUGACUUUCUGUACCUCUCACGGGGUUGUACGCGCUACUUCCUUCAACCACAAAAUAGAAAUGCGCUCUCAGAAGACCGUUUGAGUCAGGCUCAAAGGGAGCAAGGACCUCUAUAUGACAUAAAACUGGAUGACCUAGAGGAUUUCAAGACCUCACUAAAGGUCAUGACAGAAAUGGGUCUGGAUGAAACGGCUCAGGAGUCAAUUUUCUCCAUCCUCGCGGGAAUCUUGCAUCUUGGAAAUGUGGUCUUUCAGGAAUCCCUGAGUACCCAUGGUGGGUGUAUGAUAACGCCACAGUCGCAGCCCUCCUUGAACAUGGCAUCGAAGUUGUUGGGUAUCGAUGCUGCAACAAUGGCUAAGGCCUUGACGACUAGGAUUACUGGAACCCUGGAUCUCACCAUUGCACUUCGACUUGAAGAGACCUCGAAUGCGCGAGAUGGUCUUGCCAAAGUCAUCUACGAUCGACUGUUUGAUCUUCUUGUCACCUCGGUCAACAGAGCCAUUCCACAGUCAAAAAAACUCACUUACAUCGGUCUAUUAGACAUUGCGGGUUUUGAACACUUUGACGUCAACUCCUUCGAACAGUUCUGCAUAAAUUAUUGUAACGAAAAAUUGCAACAAUUCUUCAACGAACGCAUUCUCAGAGAGGAGCAAAUUGUUUACCAAAGAGAGGGUUUAAACGUCAACAGUGUAGCCUACAUUGACAACCAAGAUUGCAUUGACCUCGUUGAAGCCAAGGAUUCAGGCAUUCUAGCUCUACUGGAUGAAGAAAGUCGGCUUCCAAACUCCAACAGUGAGCACUUUACCGACGAAGUUCAUCGAUAUCAUGGCGACAAUCCACGGCUUACAGUACCUCGAAAGGACAAGAAAUUCAAGAACCUUCGAGACAGUGAAGGUUUCCUCCUUAAGCACUUUGCUGGGUCUGUCUGCUACACAACCACAGAAUUCAUAGCCAAGAACAAUGACGCUCUUCAUCAUUCCCUUGAAGAACUUCUGCACUCAAGCUCAAACGAUUUGCUGCGUAAGAUGCAUAACCCCAAAGAAGCCAAGUCGUGGACGUUGAAGAAGUUGCAAUCAAACAUCGCUGGCAAAAUAAACUUCAUAAGCGUGGGAAGCAAAUUCAAGGAUCAAAUAAACGACCUCAUUACAAAACUCCGAUCCUCAGGUACCAACUUCAUUCGCUGUGUGAAACCGAAUUCCAACAUGGCAGAUCAUGAAUUUGAGGGCGGACCUUGCCUCCUACAGUUGCGUUUCUUCGGCCUCACCGAUGUACUGCUGCUCAUGCAACAGGGCUACCCGUCAAGGACCCAGUUCGGCGACCUUUAUUCCGCUUACAAACCCAUCCUGCCGCAGGAAUUGCGCCGUCUGGAGCCCCGGAUGUUCUUUAAGGCUCUGUUCCAUGCGAUGGGAAUGAACGACGAUGACUACAAAUUUGGCGUUUCAAAAGUCUUCUUUCGAGCUGGCAAAUUCGCCGAAUUUGAUGAGAUUCUGCGAAUGGACCCGGACAAUCUCUCCAAGAUGGUUGAACGUGCACGCAAGUGGAUUAUAUGCUACCGUUGGCGACGAGCCAUUUACACCGCGCGUAGCGUUAUUCGGCUGCGGGAGAAGAUCGCCUAUCGUCAGCGCAAUGCAGUGACCAUUCAGCGCUACGUACGUGGCUGGUUGGUGCGGAAGCGUGUGAGCUACUACAUUCAGGUGAAUCGAGCUCUUGGAAGAAUGACCGAGGAGUUGACGCAAGUCAGAGAGGCCUACAAUCACCUUCCUGAAUUCCAGGGCAAGGGAUUCGCCAAUGUGGACCAGGCGAUGUUUGAAUUGCACGAGCUAAAACGACGCAUUCGCCAAGGUCCUGGUCUCAUGGCACCAGAAGAGUUGCGAACAAAUUUUGAAAGGCUUCAGACAAAUGUGAGAGAAGUACAAGCAGAGGCGGUGGAACAUCGACGCCUGGAGGAGGAGCAAAGACGAAAGGAACGGAAGCAAAAGGAAGAGGCGGAGAAGAAGAAUAAAACGAAAGGUCUUGACGGAGAAGCUGUUAACUCGACACCUCUGAUAAAGCUCCGUAAUGUCGGCAACCUCCAUUCCGCCGUUCCAGCUGACUUUCUUAAUUCACCCAACGGCAGUGAGCAAGUUCAGACGAAUGGAUUGGAUGGUGCUUACAGGGAUGGAAGUGAAGGUACCUUCACAAACUCCCUGACCGACAUCGCUUCCAGAGCAGCAAUGGAGUCUUUCAUGCUACGAACACACGAUAUGACAUUCAAAGAAUUGAAAUCGUACAUGGACUCUGCUAGUUCCGACUUUGAGCGUAGAUGUUGUGAACGGGAGAUGAAUCGGCGCUACAUUGCGUUGAAGGACUUCAAAGACGUCAAACGUUCGUCCACGCUGAUGAAAAAUGGUCGAGAUGGGCGUCAACACUAG